AUGGACGACUCAUUCAUAGACAGUCUCAAAGAGAGUGUCAAUCGACUGACGCCAACAUCGAUCGCCAUCUCAGUAGCAGUCUUAGCGUGCAGUCUCAUCGCCAUCUGGCUUCAAAAUGGCUCUUCGACACCAAAAGAGCUUCGCAAUCUUCGACGAGAAGGCGUGUCGUCAAGUAACAUGAACGACCAAAAUGAUACCAAAUACGACCUUCCUGAGAACAGCGAAAACAGUGGCCCAAUCAGCGUCAAAGCAAUCUUUGUGCAUCCCAUCAAAUCAUGCGCGCCAGUCGAAUUGCACCGAGCGCAGCUCAUCAAGAGUGGCUUUGUCUGGGACCGAUGCUUUGCUCUGGCGACAGAAGUCAAUCGGGCAGAAUCAGAAGGAGGUCCAAUAUGGCGAUUUAUCAGCCAGCGGACCAAACCGCUCAUGUCGCAGAUAAAGACUGAAUUGUGGCUGAGACCUGAAGGCCACGAUGCGAGAUCUUCAUUCGAUUCGGUGGGAUGUCUCGUCUUCAAGUUCCCAGACCCAGAUCCUUUGAGUUUGCUUGACGAGCUUAAAGCGCUGCUUUUUUCUCAACAAAAGGAAAUAUCUGCUUUUGUACCACUGUCUCCGGAUGAAAAUUAUCUCAAGAAUCAUGGAAUUACCAUGAAGAAAUUUGCGAUUCAUUCACGAGAAGCAGAAGGCUUGGAUAUGGGAAAUGCACCAUCAAUUGCCGCCGCACUUCCCAAACUCAAGCGCUUCCUUAAUAUCCCCGAACAUCAAAAUCUCACGCUUCUACACUGUACACCAAACACUCUCGUGCCAACAGAGAAAAACCUCGCAUCGUUGGAACACAUCGGCAAACCGGCUAUUCACGGUUACACAGACCAGCAACCCGUCAAUGUGAACAGUCUCGCCUCCGUCCAUGCCGUUUCAGCCCUUCUCCCCAAAGAAAACCAGCCUCUCAAUGCGCUUCGCUUCCGCGCCAACAUUUGGAUCAAGGGCGCUCCAGCGUUUGACGAAGAAACAUGGAAACGAUAUCGCGUUGUGCCAAAACAACAAGAUGCAGCCUCCCCUUCACUCUCUGUCGUUUGCCGAACAUCGCGCUGCACGUUGCCGAACGUGAAUCCUCUCACUGGUAAAUUCGACACCGACAAUCCGCAUGGUGACAGAACGAGAGGGAAUGCGCAGCCUAGCUCGACGCUUGUCAAGCAUCGAACGGUUGAGGAUGGAAACCCAAGGGCUCUUGGGUACCUUGGCAUGCACUGUGUGCCGGAGAAUGCAGGCUUGCAGCAGGCCACGGACAGUGUUGAAAGUUUGUAUGUUCAAGUCGGUGACGAGAUUGAGGUCCUUGAGCGCGGAGUUCAUUUGUACGGAUCGACUGCGAAUGACUACUAG